AAGCAUUUGAGCAGUCCUAAAACUUAACUUGUGAGAUGAAUUCCAUAAUUUUCAUCUCAUUGGUAAUGUCAGUGUUUGAUCAACCAUUCAAAAAUGAUCAGAAUUGGAACAACUAUAAGAUCGAGUAUAGCAAAAACUAUCUCAAUAGACAAGAAGAAGUUCAUCGCUACAACAACUUCAAGUUAAAAGACGAACAAAUUAAGGCACACAAUAUAAAUUAUUUAAAAGGGAAAACUGGAUACAAAAUGGGACACAAUGAAUUUUCGGAUUUGAGUCAUGAAGAAUUUGCAGCAAUUUAUCUUCAUCCAAUAAAGCCAAAGCAGGAUGAUACUGAAUUAUCCUUCAACACAUCCUUCACAGACCCAGACGAAUUAUCAUACAAAAAUUAUUGUUUUUCACCAUUAAAUCAAGGCAGUUGUGGAAGCUGUUGGGCCUUUGCUGCUGCUGCUCAAGUUGAAGCUCAAUUAAAGAGGAAAUAUUCGGAUUUUAGUCAGUAUAUAUCUCCUCAGUAUUUACUCGAUUGCUCAAAUGGUGGAAGUUGCGAUGGUGGACAGUCUGAAACUGCUUUAGCUUUCAUGAAGAAUAACGGAAUUGUGGGCCUUAAAGACUAUCCUUACACUGGUACAAAGAACAGCUGCAAUAAUAACACUCCGAAACUUCCUCAGAAAAUUCAGUCAACAUCCAGCUACUUUAUAUCUGGAGAUGAAGAAAGUUUAAAGAAAGUCUUAAUAAAUACUGGACCUGUCGUCGUUUAUAUUCAAAUCGUAAGUAGUUUCUAUAACUAUAAGGAAGGAAUCUACUUUGACCAAAGUUGUCAAUCGAAUUGCAAUAACAUCAAUCAUGCUGUCCUUUUGGUGGGAUAUGGAACUGACAAAACAUCAUUCACGGAACCUGUUGAUUAUUGGAUAAUCAAAAAUAGUUGGGGAAAAACUUGGGGUGACAACGGGAGUAAAGGGCUCCUUUCGUUCCUCUUAGGGCUCUCACUUAUCGGACGUGUAAUGAAGUCAAUAAUAUUUAUAUCACUGGCACUGUCAGUUUUUGAUCAGCCACAUCAACAUGAUCAGCAUUGGUUGACUUACAAGACCAAAUUUAACAAGCAAUAUCCCAGUAAGCAGGAAGAGGUCACUAGAUACAAAAACUUUAAAUUAAAAGAUGUCAUGAUCGAUCAGCAUAAUGAAAAAUAUUCGAAAGGACUUGCUACAUACAAAAUGGGACAUAAUCAAUUUUCGGACAUGAGUAAAGAAGAAUUUAGACAAAAGUAUCUACAUCCAAUUAAAGGCACACCUCGAGUUCCACAAAGAAUCGUCAACAUAACUCGGCCACAUUUGCCUGAAGAGAUUUCGUACCAAGAAUUCUGUAUGCCACCAUUAGACCAAGGAAACUGUGGAAGCUGUUGGGCCUUUGCAUCAGCAGCUCAAGUUGAGGCACAGUUAAAAAGAGAUGAUUCUAAUUAUGACACCUAUUUAUCACCUCAGUAUAUUAUGGAUUGUGCAGGAGCAGGUUCUUGCGAUGGUGGAUAUCCUAAUGAAGCUUUAGCAUUUUUGAAAAAGAAUGGUCUUGUGGCUUUAUCAGAUUAUGAAUAUGUAGGAACGGAUGAAGAUUGUCAGGAGGAUGUAGAUUUUAUGGAAGAAGAAAUCUCUAGGACAGACCAAGAAACGUUAAAUGGAAAUGAAGACGAUUUGGCAUCAAAUUUAGUAAAUCAUGGACCUGUUGUUGUAUCAGUUUACGCUUCAGACCGCUUUGGUCUAUAUUCAGAAGGAAUUUUCUCUGACGAUACUUGUCCAAGUGACUGCUCAGAACUUAAUCAUGCAAUGGUUGCUGUUGGCUAUGGAUCAGAUGAUUUGGAUUAUUGGAUGGUGAAGAAUAGUUGGAGUGAUUCUUGGGGUGAAAAUGGAUACGUAAAAAUGAUACGAAAUAGCAACAACAACUGCAAUAUUGCCUGUGAAAUCGAUUUUGCAACCGUUGGUGAUGGUCCUAGUAAGAAUAAUAAGUAUAAGGUUAAACAUGUAGGACAUCGUAAAAAAAGCAAAGUCCCCAAAAAAGUUCAGUAAGUUUUUCUUUUAUCUUGUCUUGUUUUAAAAUAGUAAGGAGUUGUUCAUAAAUGAUGUACAACUCUGAGGGAGUGGGAACUGACGAACUCGUUAAUAUAAGACAAAGGUCAAAUAAAAUAUUACAUUUUAUAUUGAACA